GGCCAGAGCGCGGGUCGGCGCGGAGCUGUCGCCGCGUCCCCCGGCCGGCGCCGCCGUGCAUGGGGAGGGAGCGGGCGGGACGCUGCCUGCGCGCCGCGCUGCACAGCCACAGCCGCAUCUAAUUAGAACCUGAUUGUGGCAUUGUCUUCAAAUUUUUUCACUUCUGCAGUCAGUGACAGGCAGAUGCUCUGAACAGAACCAGAACAAACUAUGGCUUGUCUUACAAUGACAAAUAUGGAAAGUACAGCAACUUCUACUGUCCACCAGAAUGGUGGUGUCCGUGGAAAUAGCAGUGCACCCAAGCAGACAGAACCAUUGCUUCAAGUGUACCUUUAUCAUUGUCCUGGGAAGACAGAAGGAGAUUACCUUCAAUUUUCAGCUGGAGAAUAUGUUGCAGAAGAGAUUUGUGCUGUUGCCUGUAAAGCUUGUGGUAUCAUGCCAGUGUAUCAUAACAUGUUUGCACUCAUGAGUGAAACAGACAGAAUGUGGUAUCCCCCAAAUCACAUCUUCCAUGUGGAUGAAACAACCAGGCUCAUCCUAAUUUACCGGAUAAGGUUUUAUUUUCCCCACUGGUAUUGCAGUGGCAGCAACAGAGCAUACCGGUACGGCGUUCUUCGUGGUGCAGAAAGCCCCGUCCUUGACGAUCUUGUUAUGUCUUACCUAUUCGCACAGUGGCGAGCUGAUUUUUUGGAUGGAUGGGUACAGAUGCCUGUUACUCACGAAACACAAGAAGAAUGCCUUGGAAUGGCUGUUCUGGAUAUGAUGAGAGUGGCCAAAGAAAAGGACCAAACCCCAAUGGCUAUUUACAAUUCAGUCAGCUACAAAAUGUUUUUACCUAAGUGUGUGCGAGCAAAAAUCCAAGACUACCACAUUUUGACACGAAAAAGAAUAAGGUACAGGUUCCGCAAAUUUAUACAACAGUUUGGCCAAUGCAAAGCUACUGCCAGAAACUUGAAACUUAAGUAUCUCAUAAAUCUGGAAACCCUUCAGCCUGCCUUCUAUUCAGAGGUUUUUGAAGUAAAAGAACCUGGUGGAGGUCCUUCUGGAGAGGAAAGUUUUGCAACCGUUGUAAUAACUGGAAAUGGUGGAAUUCAAUGUUCAAGGGGAAAACUUAAAGACUGUGAGACACUUGGAGAGCAGGAUUUACAAACGUACUGUGAUUUUCCUGAUAUCAUUGAUGUCAGCAUUAAACAAGCAAGCCAAGAAGGCUCCAGUGAGAGAAGAAUUGUCACCAUUCACAAACAAGACAGCAAGAAUCUGGAGGCUGAAUUUCAGUCAUUAAGAGAAGCUCUCUCCUUUGUAUCAUUAAUUGAUGGAUAUUACAGAUUAACAGCGGAUGCCCAUCAUUAUCUCUGUAAAGAAGUAGUACCACCAUCAGUCCUUGAAAAUAUCCAAAGCAACUGUCAUGGGCCAAUUUUCAUGGACUUUGCUAUCAGUAAACUGAAGAAAGCGGGUAAUCAGACUGGUUUCUAUGUCCUUCGCUGCAGCCCUAAAGAUUUUAAAAAAUACUUCCUUACCUUUGCUAUAGAGCGUGACAGUACUACAGAUUAUAAGCACUGCUUAAUUACGAAGAAUGAGAACGGAGAAUAUAAUCUUAGUGGAACCAAGAGAAGUUUUAGUAAUCUUAAGGAUCUCUUGACCUGUUACCAGACAGAAACUGUCCGUUCAGACAGCAUAAUUUUCCAGUUCAUCAAAUGCUGUCCUCCAAAACCAAAAGAUAAAUCAAAUCUUCUAGUCUUCAGAAGCAAUAGUGUUUCUGAUGUACCUUCAUCACCUAUGCUACAGAGACACAAUAAUGUCAAUCAGAUGGUUUUUCACAAAAUCCGUAAUGAGGACUUGAUAUUCGAGGAGAGUCUUGGACAGGGCACAUUUACUAAGAUUUUCAAAGGUGUAAGGAAAGAAGUGGGAGACUAUGGCCAGCUCCAUCAAACUGAAGUUCUUUUAAAGGUGCUGGAUAAAGUGCACAGAAACUACUCUGAGUCCUUUUUUGAAGCAGCAAGUAUGAUGAGCCAGCUUUCUUACAAACACUUGGUGUUAAAUUAUGGAGUCUGUGUUUGUGGAGAAGAGAACAUCCUUGUACAAGAAUAUGUAAAAUUUGGAUCCUUGGACACAUACUUGAAAAAGAACAAAAAUAUUAUCAAUAUUUUGUGGAAGCUGGAAGUAGCCAAACAGUUGGCAUUAGCCAUGCAUUUUCUGGAGGAUAAAGGCCUUGUUCAUGGGAAUGUCUGUGCAAAAAAUAUCUUGCUUAUCAGAGAGGAAGACAGGAAGUCUGGAAACCUCCCAUUUAUAAAGCUAAGUGAUCCUGGCAUCAGUAUUACAGUUUUACCAAGAGAUAUUCUUCUUGAGAGAAUACCCUGGGUUCCUCCUGAAUGUAUUGAGAAUCCCAAACAGCUAAGCCUAGCAACAGACAAAUGGAGUUUUGGUACCACUUUGUGGGAAAUCUGCAGUGGAGGAGACAAACCUCUGAGUGCACUAGAUUCUUCAAGAAAACUACAGUUUUAUGAAGAUAGGCACCAGCUUCCUGCCCCCAACUGGACAGAACUUGCAAACCUCAUAAACAACUGCAUGGAUUAUGAGCCAGAUUUCAGGCCUUCUUUUAGAGCAAUUAUACGUGAUUUGAACAGUUUGUUCACUCCAGAUUAUGAGCUAUUGACAGAAAGUGAUAUGUUGCCAAAUAUGAGAAUUGGAGCACUUGGAUUUUCUGGUGCUUUUGAGGAUCGGGACCCAACACAAUUUGAAGAAAGACAUCUUAAGUUUUUACAGCAACUUGGCAAGGGAAAUUUUGGCAGUGUUGAGAUGUGCCGGUAUGACCCGCUGCAGGAUAAUACUGGGGAGGUGGUUGCUGUGAAAAAGCUGCAACAUAGCACAGAAGAGCAUCUUAGGGAUUUUGAAAGAGAAAUUGAAAUACUUAAAUCGCUGCAGCAUGAUAACAUCGUUAAAUACAAAGGAGUAUGCUACAGUGCAGGACGGAGGAAUCUAAGAUUAAUUAUGGAAUACUUACCAUAUGGAAGUUUACGAGAUUAUCUGCAGAAACACAAGGAGAGGCUGGACCACAAGAAGCUUUUGCUGUAUGCAUCUCAGAUAUGCAAGGGCAUGGAGUAUCUGGGAACAAAAAGAUAUGUUCACCGAGAUUUAGCAACAAGAAAUAUCUUGGUGGAGAAUGAGAACAGAGUUAAAAUUGGAGAUUUUGGAUUGACAAAAGUUUUGCCGCAAGACAAAGAAUACUACAAAGUGAAAGAACCUGGUGAAAGUCCUAUAUUUUGGUAUGCUCCAGAGUCUCUGACAGAAAGCAAAUUUUCUGUGGCCUCAGAUGUGUGGAGCUUUGGUGUGGUCUUGUAUGAACUCUUCACCUAUAUUGACAAAAGCAAAAGCCCACCAGCUGAAUUCAUGCGCAUGAUUGGCAAUGAUAAACAAGGGCAGAUGAUUGUAUUUCAUUUGAUAGAGCUUUUGAAGAAUAAUGGACGACUGCCGAGACCAGAUGGAUGCCCUGAUGAGAUUUAUGCUAUCAUGAAAGAAUGCUGGAACAAUAAUGUUGCCCAGCGCCCCACCUUUCGGGAUCUUGCUCAGCGAGUGGAUCAUAUAAGGGAAAACAUGGGUGGAUGAAAAAACUGUCCCUCCUUCAGAGGAUGAGUUGGAAUGCAGAACAAAAUAUCUGGCUUCUCUGUGUAACAAAACAGAAGUGGUUUGCUGUGCCUGUCUGAAUCAGUUAUCAGCCAGCAGUAUAUCCAAAGAGAUGUAGCUGUGUGAUGUACUGUAAGUAUUUUGAGGGAAAGGGAGCAAAUUGUGCUUUACUGGGAGAGACAGAAAACUUACUAAUCCGUGCAAAAAUUUUAAUUUAAAAAUGAAAAAGCAAAGAUGUUACCCUUUUAUUCUUACUCCUCCCUUGAUGAGUAUUAGAUUGUGUUUAUAGAAUUGAAGAUACAGUGAUAACACAUAGAAGUGAAUUCAUUUUACACAAGGCAGUGUCUUCAGUGUAAAUAAGAAAAAGCUAAGUAUACUGCUUUUAAAUGCUGCUCUUUUUUUCUUUCCAUCCUUGUAAUUUUCAUGCAGUCAUAAGUGAAUGAAUUGAAACUUUCGAAGCAGGAUUAAAAAUCUAGAAAAUGCCCUCACUUUCACAAUUCCUCACUUUGCUGUUAAGAUGAUAAUCUAAAUAUCUUCCUUCCAGCACAGAAAAUGAAUACUUACAACUCAGUAUCUGAUAUGGCCAGUCACAACCACAUCAAGCCUGUUCUGUAUUGAAGUGGCCCAAGCAUAUUUAUUUCUGUGGUAAUACCCAACAUGAGACUGUUUGGAAGGAGUUACAAGUGCAAUUGCUUACAUUCAGCAUAGGGCAAGGACAGGAUUCCAGUUACUGAGAACUGGAAGGAGAUCAGAGCUACCUGAAUGCUGUAUAAUUCAGCUUUUGAAAUAAGUAACAAAAAUUUUUGGACAAGAGAAUGCUUCGGUUUUGCCUUGAGGCAUAAAACUUGGGGAUAAUCUCAUAUCUCAAAGCAGUAUAAUUGCAGGGUUUGUUUAUUUUUAGUUCAAAUAGUCUUGUUUGUUUGUUUGUUUUUACUUAAGCAUUAUUGUUUGCAAACUAUAAUGCUGGUUCUUUUUGGACUUCUGCUGAGAGAAGUUCAUUUAAGGGGAUAUACAGCUUGGCAAACUGACCUGACAUCCAGAUUUAUAUUUAAAAUGAAGUGUUAAUUUUCAAAAUUUGUGGCAGUGAGUUAGUGAAACAGAGGUUACUUUCACUGUGGAGCCUCCUUAAUAUUUGUGGUAAACUACAUCCAUCUUAUCAGAAAUUGAAGAACCUCAGCUUUAAAAAAAAACCAAACAAAAAACCAAAAAAAUCCUUACUUUCUGUAAUGUAGUGCCAGUAUAGCAGUAUUUUGUACCAUGGUGAUGUUUCUCUCCCACAGUCACUCCUACAAAAUUACUAUUUUAUAGUAUAAGAGAGUGCUAAAUACGGAGAGCAGCGUCAACCUUCUCUCUGCCCAUUGCAUUUAAAACUAUUUCUGUUAGUGUUCUUGCCACCAAGCAUUUGCAUAGAUGAUUUUUCAAACCAAUUUCACAGUCAGUUUUUAAGCUGCAAAGAACUUUGAAGUGCUAUGUUCAACUUAACAUGUUUUCUCAAUUUCUAUACGUUGCUUUGAGGAUUUGAAAUUUUGUGCAAAAGAUGUCUUUGCAUUUGUAGUCUCAGUUAUGUGUAUGUGUAUUUUUGUAACAAAGGAGAUAAAGCUUUAAAGUAUCAAGAAAGCAUUUUAGCUGAAUAACAUAUGCAGGAAUUAUGUAACAUUUGCAGUGCAUGACACUCAGUAGCUCACUGGUUUCAAAUACAUAGUAGACUAAACAUAAUUUAUGUAAAAAUCUCAGGGAAGUUUGUGUAAUGCAAUGAAGAAUUCUUCCAGUCCGCUAAUUUUUCAAGUGAAUUAAAGGUCUUUUUCUUGUUCUACUACAGUUUGACUAUUUCCAUAGUCUAUUUGAUUGCAUAAAUGUAGUGGUGAAUUCAAAGAUGAUUUUUAAGUGUCUUGUGGAGUGUUUUUGUUUUGUUUUGGGUUUUGUUCUGCUUUUUUACUUUAGUACUAUACCAUUUUGAGAGAAAGCCGUAUCUUUACACUUUACACAGUGUAACUGUGUGCUGUUGGCCAGAGACAGUCUUUUUUAACAACCAGAGGCCUGUACAGAGGGCUUGAGCAUUUAGGAUUAAUGUUCUUAGCUGGGAGAAUAGGACCAAGUAGUGCUUAGGACUUGGGAGAUGUAUAGUCAUCUGCAGUGUCAAUAUUUAGGUCCCAGAGCAGACCUGCUGGCUUUCUCAAAAAGCUGUUGAGGAUGUAAAUGUAGUGAUUUUGCUGAAUUUGCUACUGCCAAUUGUGUAACCUUUUAAAAAACCCAACAGAACAACAACACCACCAAAAAACACUGUAUUUUGUAUUUUGAAAGCUCUCAGAUCUACAGUAGCAUUGAUAAUGUCAUAUUUUUACAUGGCAUUUGUAUUAAUAGACUAAGUACUUUGUUUUAGAAAAUGUCUUCAGUUGGCAUUGCAUUUGUAAUACAUUAGUGUAAUCAUUAUGCUACCCAACAUGCUGUGUGAUUUUUUUGAUAGAAAAAGUGCUGGUUUAUGUACACAAGACUGCUACUACAGUGUAGAAUUAAAAUAUUAACUACUGCUUUGCACUUAUAUUGGAAGUGAAAGAAUUUUUUAAUAAGUGCACAAUGUAUCUUAUAGAAUCCCUGCAAUCAAGUAUUGUGUUGUGUAGUAUUGAUUUGUUGUCUAUCAGUAUAAAUAUGUUAAGUUUCAAAGUUAGUUUUUAAAUAUAUUCCACACAGUAUUCCACAAACUUGCAACAGUCAUGUAGUAAGCCAGAGGAGAAAUGAAUUUUCAGGAAAAGAAACACAUGUUCUUGUCAAGUCCUAGUACUGGUUAAAAGCUUCCAUAGUUGAGAUAAUUGUUGUUAAAUGUGCUGAUGAAUACAACUGUGAAAGUAUAUGUAAGAAUUAUAUUUUUCCCCAAAAUUAAAUUUUUGAUUGUUGCAUUUAGUUGAGAUGUUGACCAGCUGCCCUGAAAUGUAUGGGAAAAGAUGUUACUGUAUUAAGUAUGAAGAAAUGUAAUUCUUGUGUAAAGAAAGCAAGCUUUUCAGGAAUGUAUGAUCACAAACACCUAGAGGUUAGAGUUCUGAGAGCAAAAGCAGAGGUGUAGAAGAACAAGACUAAAGGAAGAAGGAUGAUGUUCAGCAUGGGAGAAGCUUUCUGAAACGUGAAAUGCACAAUGGAUUAUGAAAAACUGAUAGAUUUUUCUACUGAAAAUGCCAUAUCGUGACAAAUAUGUGCUAAUAUAUUUCUGAACUGUGUAUUGUCUGCCUUAAGUCUGAAAUAUUCACAGACACCUAACCUGGCUGAAAAAAUGUCAAUCAUUACUAUACCAAAAUAAACUAAUAAUGUUGUGCCAUGCCAGACAACAAUUCUGAUCAGGUGUUUGACUAAGAAGUUUUGCUCUGAAUUUUUCUUUUUGAGUAAGAGGUCUACAGUACUUUAUAUUAAAGUAGAAAUAGUCCCUUGGUGGUAGGGAGCAGGGAGGAAAAGAUACCUGCCACUUAUGAUUGAAAUGUAAGCACUUGAACACAUGGUUUAGUCAAGAGAACAUGGAAGGGAUAUUUUUAGAAAACUUAACUGUGUGUUUCUUUUUGCAUCUGGAUAGUGAAAAUAAAGAAAAAAAAAUUGAAUACAAUGGAUGACACAUGCCUGCCAACAUUUUCUUUUGCACACUAAAAUUUGUUACUGGUAUUUAAAUCACUGCU